AAAGGCGUUGGUGGUUGGUGUUCGUACGAAGAUGCGUUGCACUCCGGCAGCAUCAGUACCAGCUCCACUGUGCAAAUAAACCAAAAAACCGUGGAACGGAGGAGAUAUACCGGCGGUUAUUGCAGCAGGAGUGGCGCCGGUGCAUUGGGGCGGCGAGAUGGGGGACCAGAAGGAAUCUCUGCGUAAAAUCACCCACACACUGGCUAUGAAGAAUGAGGAGAUCUCAAACUUUGCCUGCACUCUUAAACAGAGCUUGGACAACUUAGAGGCUAACUCGAACAGAGUCCAGGAGGACUUGGAGUCUGAAUUCAAUUCACUACAUGCUGUUCUGGAUGAGAUGAAGGAAAACAUGUUGACACGCAUCAAACAGGAGAGAGCCAGCCGCACAUAUGAGCUACAGAGUCAGCUGAGUGCCUGCUCCAAAGCCCUGGAGAGUUCAGAGGAGCUGCUAGAGCUGGCCAACCAGACGCUGUGCUCCUCUGAGACAGACGGUUUUACUCAGGCGGCCAAAGACAUUAAGGAUAGCGUGACAAUGGCUCCAGCCUUUCGCCUCUCCCUGAAGGCUAAAGCCAGUGACAACAUGAGUCACCUGAUGGUGGACUUCAGCCAGGAGAGGGGGAUGUUACAGGGCCUCAAGUUUCUCCCAGUUCCAGCAACUCCAGAGAUCCAGGUCUCAGAAUGCCAGGUUUGUGACAACACAGUGACUAUCGUGUGGGCACUUUCUGAGCCUGACAACAAGAUCGACCACUACAUACUGGAGCAUCGACGCACAAACCAUGAGGGUCCGCCUCGCAUCAAAGAAGACUACCCGUGGAUGGUGGUGGAGGGGAUACGGGAGAUGGAGCACACACUCACAGGUCUGCGCUUUGACACCCGGUACAUGACGUUUAGAGUGAGAGCGUGUAACAAAGCUGUGGCAGGAGAGUUCUCUGAGCCGGUUACACUAGAAACUCAUGCCUUCACCUUUAAACUGGACUCUGGUUCGGCCCACCAGAACCUGAAGGUGGAGGACUUGAGUGUUGAGUGGGACAGCAGUGGAGGGAAGAUACAAGACAUCCGCAAGGAGAAGAACCGAACCAACUCUCCGAUGCACUCUCCAGCCAGGUCAGCUCUGAUGUCACCAAAGAGAGCACCGACAGCACGGCCAGGCAGAGACAGAUUCACUGCAGAGUCCUAUACAGUGCUGGCUGACACGGUGAUAGACGCCGGCCAACAGUACUGGGAAGUGAAGUUCGACAAAGAGAGCAAAGCCUUCGCAGUGGGGGUGGCCCUGAGGAGUCUCGGACGUUUUGACCAGCUGGGGAAAAGCGGCGCUUCCUGGUGCAUCCAUCUAAACAACUGGCUGCAGCAGAGCCUCACAGCUAAGCACAAUAACAAGGCCCGAACACUGGACUGUCCCAUCCCAGACAGUAUAGGAGUCUAUGUGAACUAUGACGAAGGUGUCCUGUCUUUCUACAAUGCCAAAACAAAACAGCUAAUGCACACCUUCAAAACCAAGUUCCAGCAGCCAGUCAUACCAGCUUUCAUGGUGUGGAAUGGCAGUUUUUCAGUGGUAACUGGCUUGCAAGUUCCCAGCAUAGUGCAAAGCGGUCAGAGGAAGAACAGCAACACCAGCAGCUCCAAUGCCAGCCUCACCUAGACCCAUCCACAGAGCCAGCUGGAUUCCCCCCAGCUGUGCUCCACCACACUCACCGCUGCAGAACAUAAUCUCUGCUGCAGUCAAAGCCAUAUCAUGAAAGUGUUGUGUCACUGGAUUCUGAUGGUCUAGCCUGUUCCACCUGCAGUGUCUGUGUUGCAUGACAGCAUAAAUGGUUUUGAGGACAAGUGAGUCAUCUGUGCCGUCAGGCAGAUUUCUACAGAAGUAUGACUCUGGCUGUUGAGAUCACCUGGGACACAUUAGCUUUAGUCGUAUUAGUUUCUCUCUGCAUAUUCACUCAGCACUGUCCUGCUGCUAGAGCACUGAUUUAGCGCUGGCCGCUGCUCUUUCUUCCUGUCCAUCACCAAAACUUUCAGCCGUACUGUCAAUGCAGCUAGCUGCGGGCACAGGGUAAAUGCCUGUCCUGCGUGCUCUCUCCCUGUGCCUUCCUCCUCAUUUCCAAACAGAACAAAAUGCUCAUAUUUCACUGCAAGAAACGGUCUCCCUUUACAAUAUACAACGUAUCGUGUCAAUAUAACUUGAUAACAUUGCUUGGUGUUAAUUUUCCAGUACUAAAUCUGCCUCUAGUCUUCAACCAACCUAUGUAACCCAAAAGAAACAUGCUACUAGACAAUGCUACUGACUAGAAUGUAGUUCUUCACUCAAUCAGGGUUUAUUCAGCUCUACUAUGCCAGCUACUAAUGGAUUAUAAAAAUAACAAACACAUAGGGAUGUUGUUUUAGUUUCUUGCAAAGGCAUGCAGAGUUAACAGUGUUUGAUAUAUUCCACUUUCUGUAGUCAGGUCCAAACUGGGUUCAAGAACCUCCUAUUCUGUUAGCUUAAAUUAGUCACAUUUAGCUGUGGACUUUAAUCUGACAGCUAGACUACACAGACAGUUAGAAGGGAGAUUUCUUCAGUGUUACAUGUACAGAAGUCAUAGCGUGUUCAGAUAUGGCUUCAAGAGCUUGGAAAUGACUGUACUGACAUUCUAUUCACCUGAUUGCACCCUAGUGGUUGUAUGUAAAGUAUGUAUGUGUCUAUACCUAAUUGCACCUCUUAAUUUGCUGAAAAGUAUCCAGUUAUUAGUAGUGGACUCUCCAUAGUCCAAUAAAACACAUAGAAAGAAGCCUCAGUUAACAAAUUUAUCCAAGGUUAGCCAGAUUUGGUGCUCAAAGAUGGCAAACAUGGAAGCUGAGGUCCUUAUUUGUGCACCGCUCAACCUCUGAGUAGCAUCUGUGUCACUUGUUUACAGUCUUGCUUUGUCAUGUUCCUCCUUGUAUGAGUGUAUGCUUCUGAAUAACUGUAGCCUGCAAUGCUUUAAAGAAGUGUCCAGCUGAGAAUUAUUUUCACUUUAUUUCACAUGCUGACAUAAAGUCACAGUUUAUUGUAAAUAGUUUUCCACCAUAGUGUAUCAGUCAUUGAGGUAAUAAAGAAGUAUGAUAA